AGGUGCUAGACUGCAUAUUACAUUUGCUAUUGUAGCUUGAGAGGAUUGAACCAUGCAAACUGCGGCCGAAAGAUUUUUUAUUUCGAUCUUUGCUACUUCUUUCAUCAUGAAAGGUAAGGGAAAGUAGAUAUCACCCUCCAUUCCAUUUUUACAUACACCUCUCUUAAAGCGAACUGCAACUACUUCCUUUUAUGUUUCUUAUAAGGUCUUCUUGUGGCAAAUGUAACUUGCAAAAGCGAGUAUAACCUCCUGGAGGAGUUGUUUGACUCUAAGAGGUAUAACAAACGCGUGAGACCAGUGACGAACAGCCAAGAUGCAGUCACAGUAACCUUUGGAUUGGUUGUUAAAGAGAUAGAAGAUUUGGUAAGGAGUCUUUAUACACGCAUAAUUUUUGGCUUUCCCAGAAAAGAUCGUUUCUUAGCGCAGUUGGACGAUUCACCUACAAAAGACGAACUCAGACAAUAGGGACACCGCUUCAGUCAUAAUGGGGUAUUCAAACUCCAAAAAAGGCCCAGCUCUUGCUCCCCGCACUAUACCUGAAAAAUACUUUAAGCACUACUACUACUUCCGCUCGCUACAACCACUACCACUACCACUGUCCCAUUCACUAGCACCACUCUUACUACUAUGAUUACCACUAACACUACAGUAAUACUAACACUAAGAAACAGUCACUAACGCUACCAACAACAUUAACAAUACUUCCACCACUAGCACUUUUAAUAACACGACCACUAAUACAGGCAAUACCAUUGCCACUAUCGACACCGUUACUGAUAUAUAUUACAAGUAUUGCUAACACUACCACCAUCCUUACCGUUAACCACUACAAUUAUUAGAGCUGAUAACUAUGGCAAUUUCUCUUACCAUUGACACUUCAAUACCAAGUAAAAGUACGCAAUUAAAUGUGUUCUCAAUGAUUUUGUGACAAAUAAUAAUGGUGGGUCCGGUAUGGGACUCAUCUUGUGAAAACUCAUGAGUCCCAGUUAAAAAAAAGACCGAGUCCGACAUUGAAAAUGCUUGGGCCUUUAUGUUUAACCAGAGAGUUAAUCUGAAGACGGACUCCAAAACUCUCUUUCACAGUACACUGAAAUUAAAAUAUGGUGCUUUUAUUUUUAAAGCACAACAAAGGCUCAAAGAAAUAUGCAUCGUUCAACAACAGCCAUAAUAACUACCACAGAAAUUACACGAACGGGAAAUUUCUACAAAUGCACAUGUUCAGAUCGAUCGAUCGAUCUUUGCGUCCUACGGGACGCAUGCCAUGAAUUAAUAUUUUACAUCUUUGGGGAUUUUUAUGCAUCAGGGACGCAGGACGCAGAGGUAACAAAAUCCCUGAUUAUUCUGAAAAUUUUUUUUACGGAUUUCUUCGCGCCAAUCUCUAGGACGACAAGAACCAGCUGCUUAUUACAAGAGCAGAAAUUCGAGAGGUAAGUAGUACAGCCUCCUUUAGGCUUUUAUGCAAUCUCAUUUCGUUCAUUAACUAAUUUCUGUAUGCCUUUCUUACUCGCCUUCUACCUAUCUAUUUGCCGGUUUAAUUAACUGCCAGUGUAAACUCAUCUGUAUGACUCAGUGAUGAGUUACUCUCGUGGUAUUCUGUGUUUCUAAUUUCUGUUUCUGUGUCUGUGUAUCUGUUACUCGUAUAUUUUGCCGCGUCUGUCUGGUGGCUAAAUUUGAGAUGCAUAAAAUUUGGCACUCGAACGUGUCAGUCAAAAAACGCGCCAUUAGCCAAAGUAAUGGCGUUUGUCUGUUCUUUUCAGGUAAUCAUGCCAUCAUUUUAUUUAUAAUUAUUUCUUAUUAAUUUCCAGCUCUGUUCUGAUAGUCCGUUACUUGAUCAAUGAGCAUUUAAGAAACGUUCAGUUUUUUUGUUUUCUCUGCAGUAUUGGCUUGAUCCUUUACUGGAGUGGAAUCCAUCAGAGUAUGGUGGAGUGAAACGUAUCAGUGUCGAUCCACGCAAAAUCUGGUUACCGGAUAUCGUGCUGUAUAACAAGUAAUUAUUAUUAACAUUAUUAUCAUUAUUAUUGUAAUUCUCUUAAUUAAUUUUUAUUCUAUUAAGUGCUAUUUCUCGGUGAUCGAUGCGUAAAUGCAUUUACUUUUAGCGCUGGAGAAGGCUUUGGGAGUGGCAUUACUCGAACAAAGGCUGUAAUAACACAUCGUGGGCAAGUCACUCUGAAUGUACCGACAAUUAUUCAAAGCAGCUGUAAGUUACACGUGGAGAAUUACCCGUUUGACCAACAAAACUGUAAACUGAAAUUCGGGUCUUGGACUUAUGACUCAAAAGGAAUAUCUCUUUCUUUGGAGGUAAGUGAACAAUAAGCUUAAAAGAUUAUUUGUAAUAUAUAGAUUUAGCCAGGGCUAAAAGCGAAGCUCUCUUUAAUAUUUAUGGAUUCCUCGAAGAAAAUAUAAAAUCGAUGAAUACUAAAGACAAGUUGAAAGCAACGAAAACGCUAAAAACAACAACAAUAGAUCUAAUUAGCAAAAAAACAACUUUGCACGUGCAGCACACUUUUUUCUAAUUAGCAAAAAAACAACUCUGCACGUGCAGCAGUUUUUUUUUGUACAUUUCCUUACCGUUGUUUUACACGACUAACGUGAAACUUCUUUUAGCUUCCUAUUUACGCGUUUUAUGGAGGAAAUGUUUGUUUUCCUGUUCAUUCUAUUUUUUCACUGCCGCUGCUUUUUCACAUUAGUAGCCGCUAGCAUUCUUCAUUUUCUAACCGCCGCUAUAUAAUUUUCAUGUUUUUCUUCCAGCGGCAUUAGUCUCCGUUGUUAUUUAUUUCACGGUCCUGACAAGUGUGACACUUGACAUCGGCUUACAUGAAGUGUGUGUACGAGUGGGCGGGCGGUCGGGCGGGCGGGCGUACGCUACGUCAUAACCAAAUUUUAUCGGAUGGAUAGUUUACCAAAUUUUCUUACCCAUGGUGCUCCGCUGGCGCGCUUCGCGCGCGAGAGCUCCGCUAUCAUUUUCAUUUUAGAUCAAUAUUUUACAUUCCACUCUUCAAUUCUAAAGGGACACCUUUAUAAUCAGAUAUUUUUGUACCAGAGCUCCUCCGCAGACCUGAGUGAAUAUUCUGAGAGCGCGGCAUGGGAACUUCUAGGAGUCCCAGGAGAAUUCCAUUCCAAGAGAUACAAUUGCUGUCCAAAUCCUUAUCAUGACGUCACUUACAGUGUGAGAAUUAAAAGGCGAGCACUGUAUUACGCCAUGUAUCUGAUAAUACCCUGUGCACUGAUUGCCGUGCUGACGUUGUUGGUGUUCCUGUUGCCUCCAGAUUGUAACGAGAGAAUGACAGUAGGUAUGAUGAAGUGAUAUACAUAUCGUGAUGUUAUAGCAUCUUGCUCUGGUCUCACAUGAUAAUGUGAGUUUUUCUUAAUUUCAAUUGUUUUGGAAAAGCCGGUGAUAGGAAAUUGUAAACUGUAAGUACAUUAUUAUCCACUACCCUCAGGGAUCAUUUUCAGGGAUAAUUUUCAACACUGAUUGCGGGACUGCUAUCAUACUACCUAUGGUGCAGUUUACAAAUAAUGAAGGGGAGCGUAAUGACGCCCCUCUGAUUUGUGAGUGUGAAUUUGAGAGAGUCCACCACACCGGUUGCUACUUUCCCUCCGUACUCUCUACGAACAGUGUGUGGCUUCUUAAACGUUCCUCAGAUUCUCUGUUGAGUCACAGUCCAGGCGCCAGUUGUUCGAAAGGUGGAUAGCGCAAGUGGGUUCCCCGAUACUUAUCCGAUGGAUAGUCAUAUCCAUCUUUUGAACAACGGGGCCCAGGCGCAUUAAUUUUUAUGCCUUAUGCGCUGAAUAUGUGUAAAAAUUACACUCGUUAAUUUCGGACCGUAAAUUUGUCUAUUCAAAUGUUUGGGUGCUUGAAGUGAACAGAGUUUAUGUUGUUGAACCUCUUCACAAAUGCCACCAUGGGGACGGAAUAAGAGAGUGGCCGUUGUAGAGAGGUGUCAUUUGUAGAGAGGUUAAAACAAGAGUCAAUGUAUGGACUGUCCGCCGGGACAAAAAAGUGGUGGCCGUUGUGGCAGAGGUGACCGUUGUGGAGAGGUGGCCAUUAUUGAAGGUUCGACUGUACUGUACUCUAUCAUUUUACUACCUUUUUCAGGUAUGGCGAUUCUUGUUGGUCUCAGCUUCUUUUUUCUUCUGGUAGCCGAGUACAUGCCCGAAACAUCUGAAGCGGUGCCCCUGAUAGGAAUGUACUACACUGUGACAAUGAUACAGGUGUCAUGUGCGUUCUUCAUGACCUGCUGCGUAUUGCGUUUUCAUCAUCAUAACCCAACAGAAGGAGAGGUUCCUGAGUGGGCCAAGGUAAGCGUUCUUGUCAGCAGGUUCGUUCUUGUGUAAGAAAUAGAAAUCGAUUCAACUAAGCCGUUAUAACCUACGCAAGAUGAUUGGAGAACACCAGAAAAGCUAGCUGAUUGUGUGUGGCAAGUGAUUUAAGUGGUUUUUAGGAGUGUUUCUAAUACGCCAGUCCGGUGAGGAGAGGCGAGGGGGGAGGGUAGUCAACAAAUGUUUAUACGGGGAGGCUCCGCUCUGAGGUCCAACCCCUUACCCUUUCAUAUACCAUUUUUUACGAAAAAGGUACCCCUUUAGUAUACCUUCUAUGGUACCCCUUUCACAUAAAAAAAAUGAUUUAGAACUUUGCAUCCCUUUCAACGUCUGUAAAUGCACUGUCUUUUAAAUAGGAAUCAAUCAAUAGAACGUCUUUAUAAAGCCAUAAAAAUUCAUCUGUUAGCCCUUUUGGGCCCUUUCACAGAGUAGCCCAAAUGACGGAUUUCCCUACCCUUUUAUAUACGUCAACAAGUGACAUCCCUACCCUUUUUAUAUACCUGGAACCUGAAAAAGGCACCCCUUUCUGGCGGAGCCUCCUCUUAUGGGCCAUGAUGGGGAGUAACCCCAAUGGUCAACCACUAAAAAGUGCCGUAAAAUACCAGUGAAAACAAAGUGUUUCACUAUAAGUUUUCCGCUGAUGAUAAACGGUGUUAGUAACAAAUGCUUUUUGACCAAUCAAAACACGCCUUGUAUCCAAGUUACUUUGGAACAAGUAAUAAAAGAGAGGUCUGUUGUAGCUGUAAUACAAGCCAAGUUAUUUUAAAAACCUUAUUAUUUUUUCUGAGAAAAAGACUGUUUCAAGUCUGUAAUUUUUAGUCUGUUCUGUUGACAGAAAUAUUUACUUGGUUACGGAGCGAGACUAUUUUGCUUCAAGUUUGGGACCAGCAGCGACGUUAACGAGACUACAGUCCAAAACGGAAAAGUGAAAAAUGACCUUCCCUCGGAAGAAAACACUAAUAGCUCAAAAAGUAAUAACCUUUUUCUUUGAAUAUUUUUUAGUUUAUAUAUUGUAGUACUACAGUGAAUCGGUAUUCCCUGAUUCUAAGCGAUGUUUUGACUACUGUAGAGACUUGACCCAUGUAAGGGAAUCCGGAUUCCGGAAUCCGGAUUGCGGAACCCGGGAAAUUAUUGCUAGUAGAAUCCGGAAUCCUGGGCUUUGGAAUGCGGAAUACAGCUCAAGGAAUCCGGAAUCCCCCUAAGAUUGGACCAGAAUCCAGGCUUCGCUCUCAAAGUCUGGAAUACAGCACCUGGAACCCGGAAUCCGUGCCGUGGAAUCCAGAAUCCUUCAGUUGUGUAGGAGCUGCCCAGAAGGUCUCUCCUGAUUGGUCGCAGAGAACAAUGACAUGUCAUUAUUUAAAUUGUUUCAGUAUUGUUCUAAGAAAGGGUUAGGCACUACUGUUGACUUCUUUUCCGAGCAGCUGCUACAUGACCCAUUUCCUUACAUGGGGCGAUGAAUACAGUACCCAACCAAAAAUGAUGUUAAGGUUAUGUUCACUUGACAGGCGACAAGAAAACUUCCAAUAGAAUCCUGGGUGAUAACAUACGUCAUCAGAUGAUCUUGGAAAAGAGGCAAGAAGAAUGGAGAAAGGCAGCACUGGUACUGAAUCAUAUCUGCAUCUGGGUGUUUCUCAUUGCAGUUGUAGUUUCAUUCCUGGCCAUAUUCUUACAAGCACCAUUGUAAUUACUCUCUGAGUUAUAUGGUCGUCCAAUUAAGCAAAUUUAGACCUGAUAGUUUGAACUAAAACUUAUAGUAGAAAUAUCGUACCUCUGCUUAAACGUUUUUAAACGGUUUUAUAUAAACGGGUUCCUCCUUCUUUUCUCUCUUCUUGAUCGUAUUUUUAUCCUCUUGAUAAUUUUCAGCAUCGUAAUCUUCACCAAAGCAUAAUUUACGGGGGUAGGGGCUCCAAGGAAAGAUAGUCACCUUUAUUAAUUAUUCGGUGGGUGCCCUGAGCUUGUGUUUUGAGUUUUGACCACUUCCAAAACUUCACGCUCCUAUAAAGCGGCCACCCUCUAUUUAUUAACGACUAGUUAUCAGAACCUUUCAUUAAGAGGCCAAUCUUUACUAAGGGGCCUCUUUGUCCCUUCCUGAAGGGCGGCCGACACAAACUAUGAUUAUUUUGGAAUCAUAAAUUUGAAUGGUCAUACCACAGGAUUUAGUAUACAUUGUCUCAGAAUUUACUUCAAAAACUGCCGAGCCGGUUGACCUAGUGUGGUGGAUUCAGGAUCAGUUAGUAGCAAAGACUGAUUACUUUUGCCUUCAAAGGUGU